AUGGACUAUCCGCAGGAUUUUAAAUUCGAUGCGGUUCUGAUGGAACCAAUAGGCGUGGAAUGUUUACUGGGGCUUCUUCCAAGAUUUGGGGACCCACCAAUCAUAGCCGUAAACAGCUUCUCCGUCCCCAUGUGGGUGCUUGACAUCACGGGUACCCCUGCAAAUCCGGCGUACGUGCCCCACUUUUAUUUACCUUUCGACGACAAUAUGAAUUUUCAAGAACGUGUUUUGAACUUUCUGGCCUACACGUACACCAAGGUUUAUUACGAUUAUUUUUACAUACCGUUCAUGGAAAGAGAAGCUAAGGCGUUCUUUGGACCACAGAUACCGUCUGUGUACGACACAAUGCAUAAUGUCAGCGUUGCUCUGUCGAACUAUCACCCAACGUUGGACACUGCAUUUCCAGCCGCACCAAACCUGAUUCCCAUUGGUGCCAUCCAGGUGAAAGAUCCAAAACCACUGCCAGCGGACCUCAAAAAAUUUCUUGACGAAGCAAAGGAAGGUGCAAUAUACAUGAGUUUUGGAACAAACGUACGCAGUGAUCAGUUGUCAUUGGAAAAGCGAAAGAUGAUUCUAAGUGCUUUUGCUGACUUGCCCCAAAAAGUGCUAUGGAAAUUUGAAUCGGAUAUACCAGAUGUACCAAAAAAUGUGUUGAUACGCAAAUGGUUGCCCCAGAGUGAUAUCUUAGGUAAGGAGAAUUGA